AUGCCCGGUUGCCGGGACAAGUCCAACUGGAACAGGGCCUCUCAUGCCGACUGGGACCAGGCCCUUCUCGUCAUCUAUGGAGACGCUAGCCCUGACCCCGGAGCUGAGAUUGAUGUCGAACUCGAUGACCCCGUGGCGCUCAACAAGAAUGUGACAAACAUCUCCAAUACGUUGAUGAGAGAAUAUGCGACCAACAUCAAUAACAUUUGGGAUGGCCCUAUCUACCAGCAACUACGUCGUUAUGUUGUACGAUAUGUCCUUCGCAUAAGCCUGCGCCCUAUCAGCGAAAGAAAUUAUCAGGAAAACAAGCGUCAGCGAGAGAUCGACAAGGCGGAACAGAGGAAACUCGAAUCGGAUUCUGCAAAUGAACGGGAAUGUGGAACCCUUCGAGUCUGGAAGAGACGGGACUCGGAGUUAUUUGAUCAACUGGACAGAGCAGUGACCACCGGACGCCCGAACGAACGUGUUAACAAAGUCCUUAAACUCAUUGGAAUACAUAUGAGUCGACAUCCAAGCAAGAAGGAGGCACCCGCGUCUCAUCGAGUCAGCAGUGGCAUGGAGUACGAGUACGAGUCCGACUCAGAGUUUGAUGAAUCGGAUUCAGAGGACGGCGAUUGCGGCGAUGACCAGGAAAAUCUGACCGGGACGCCCAAGACCAAGGAGCCGACGUCGUGGAAGCUCAAGGGCCUCGAGGCUGUCGCAAUCAAGUUACUCGACCGCGUGGAAAGCCUCGACGGUGUGACCGAUGCGAUGGUUCGGAACGAACUCUAUGAACCCGAGCUCUACAUGGCCGAGGAGAUUGUGGCCACCCGGAUGUCGCAGAGUCACAGAGAUGCCAUAUUCUCGGCCUUUCUGGACAGAAAUGUGAUUGAUGAGGCCUGUAAGGCUUACGGACUCGUAUUUGCUCAUUGGCUUAUCUUUGUGGAUCGAUAUACAGUGCGGAUACAGGGGCGCCAGGUCACAUCAGGCACGAAAUGCCACGUGGUGACAAGUACAUAUGAUGACAAGAGAAAAAAGAAACAACGACCGCCCGGUUCCAUUGACUGGGGUCAGGAGUUAUCCACAUCAGGACACACCCACGUUUCGGCCAAGACAGAGGCAGACCGUUUGAAAGUGGGCCAGGAGGCUUUGCUUGCGAAGCUCAAGCCAUUGCGGAAACGUCUCCAGGUGAUUGAGUCCGACUGA